AGGCCUGCGUGAGCUAAGCGGCCAGUUUUACCACAGGCUACCCACAACGGUCAAGAACGAGCUUCGAGAUGCGGGCCUGUGCCAUUACAUGGCGAUAAUCCGAUCCCCAGAGGGUCAGCUGAUCCAGUUCGAUUUCGGACCCCGCGGCAAGGAUGUGGAAUGGCGGCCGGCCAGCAACAGCAGCAGCAACAGCAACAGUAGCAGCAACGGCGCUGGAAACAGCAACACGGGAAGUUUUCGGCGAGAUCAACUGCUGCAAUGCACGAUGAGCAACAGCAAGCCAACCACCACUGCCAUCUCCACUUCCUCCACUACCACUGCCACCACGACUACCCCCUCUACUACUAACCGCAGUUGCAAAGAGGGAUGCAGCAGCAGCAGCAGCAGCAGCAGCAGCAGCAGCAGCAGCAGCAUGGAUCGGAUCAGCAGCUGCGGCUGCGGUGAUUCCGACUCGUUACGCCAGCAGGCGCAGCGGCUGGGACUGCAGGGCCUGGCGUGCAACGCGCUGCUGCAGCACGGCGGCGGGCACGGCAGCGGCAUGGCGAGCCUCACGCUCCACCAGAUGGACCUCGCGGACUGCGCGAUUCCACCGCCCAACGGCGAGAUCCGCGAAGAGCUGAUCGGCGCGUUGCCGGAAACCGCGGUGCGCGUGGGCGUGACGCGCAUGUCGAUCGCGGACAUGCGCGCCUUCUACAACUCGCUCGACUUCAACUACCUCCUCAACCGCAACGACUGCAGGCAUUUCGUUGACGCCUUCGUGCACCACACCACCGGAGUGGACCGCGCCUCCGCGCGCCUGAUCCGCGCCAACAUGGACCUGCGCAUGCGUGCGCGCCCCUGGCAGCCCGCCGACCCCAUCAUAAUCAUCUGCCAGCGCAUCCUGGAGAAGGAAAACACCUACCGCGUUUUCACCGCCUGCCACGCCGCCUUCACCUCCCUCUCCUCCGCCGUUCUCCUCCGCGUGGGGAUCCAAUCCGGCCGCCUGCACCAGCGCCUGGCGCGCGUCGUGCAGUCUUCCGCCAUGGUCGCUCUCCGCCGCGCCCUCCCCCAAGCUUCCGCCAUCGGCGGUGGCGCAGUCUUCCGCGCGGCCGGCGGGCCCUUGGGAAUGCUCUCCGCCGCUAUGGCGGCUGGCGCUGUGGCGGCGGCGGCGGCGGUGGCGGCUACCGGGAUGCGCGUGCGCGGAAUGGCGAGCCAGCAGCUGAGGCAGCUCGUCGGGCUGCCGCACCGCCACCACUGGCAGAAACCUAAGCCCGCGCUCGCGCUGGCGCCUCCGCCGGCGCCGCUUCCGCAGGCAGCGGUUUCGUUGGCGGCAGUCGCGGCCGGGGCAGUGGGCGUGGGGGCCGCGCAGCAGCAGGUGGCUGUGACGGCUGCUGCCCCAGCGUCUGCCGCUGUCCCUGGUGCUGUAUCAGGUGGUGGUGCAACUGGAACCGGUCUUGGGGGAGUCGCAGUGAGAAUAGAAGUGCCUGUGGUGGGGCCGUGCAGCAUGCCAACUGGUAUUGCACUGUCCCCCGCUUCUCCCAAGUCCCCCAAGGUACCUUCUCAGCAGCAGCAGGUGCAGCAGGAGGUGCAGGCUUGCUCAGCACAACCGCAGCAGCAGGCGCCGCAGCAGUCACAGCAGGGGCAGCAGUCGCAGCAGCAGCAGGUGAACGCUGCGACGUGGCCGUCGGGGUCCCGCCGAUCUCGCAAGGCGAAGGCUGCAACGGAGCUCAAGGCGGAGAAGAAGACCAGGAAGGCUGCUCCGGCUGGCUCCAAGAAAACCAUCAAGUCAGAGACAAAGGCGUCGCGAUCUGCAGUUUUUGCCAGCAGCAGCUGCAACAGUGGUGUCAGCAAGGGAGGCAACGGCAAGGGUGUCAACAAGGCGUCAGAGGCUAAGGGCGGCCUGCCAGGACUGCUGGCACACUUCUCCCCUCUCUCGUCGCUGCUAGUGUCCAAGGCAGCUGCUCUGGGCAACGGCUUAAAGACGUGCCUGGAUAGCCGCCCUCUGCUGAACGAUCCUCUGCAGCUGGCCGCUCUGCCGUGA